AUGGGAACCUCGGGACUUGUGAUUCUACUUGUCAUCAUCCACUACGUCGUUGCUUUCGACCCAUCCACAGACCCUUUUUCCAGAGAAGACGGUAGCUCCGCUAUGGAUGAUGGUGGUGAUGAAGGAUGGAAAACCAAUAGCGUUGACCGGAUCAUUGUGGAUCUAUUCAUGACGAUGCGCAAUUGGCUUGAGAUCAGAACCCGACGCAAAUUGAGAGACAUUUUAACAAAGGCUAUACUGACACUUUGUGAUAUUCAACUCUUGACCGGUCUCGGCAUACUAGUAAGCGGGUACAUGAAUCUCUUUCAGAACGCUAUAUCCGCAUACCAUUGGAAACUUCUCGUUUAUCUGGUUUGGUUCUCGAAUCUCACACACGUCUGUUGUUUGACGGUUAUUCGCGGCUAUCUCAAUCAGCAUCGGUGGGAGCGAAUCUGGAGAGUGAUACUCAUGUUCGUCCUUUGGGCCGGCCUUCUAUCCGCCUUCGUACCUACUUUGUCGAUCGACUGGAGCAAGAACGAUUCCCUCCGCCUGGGGGCUACAAACGCUCGCUGCUUUUUUGACAGGAGAUUAAGCAGAGAUAUAAUUCUCUCAAGAAUAUGCACACUGCAAGGGAAUCGGCCCGAGUCCAAUUCAACUUUCGAGGAGUGUCUGAAACACAAAUCAAUCCCCAAUAAUGACACAAUCCAUAACACAGACAAGUCGCUGGCCGCUCUCAUUAGCAUGGUCUUGGUGUUUAUCACGUUCUUUAUGCGCCUGCUAAAGAUUACCCAUUCGUGCUCGAAUCGUAUCAAGACGAUAUUCCGAACAACACCAAGAAAGUGGCUUAUGAGAAGAAUUACGAAAACAUUGAAUAAUAAUUACGAGAAUUAUGGAAUUAUACAAAGAGGUCAAAAGCUUCUGCUCUUUCAAAUCACUCUCUACUACGGGCUCAAAAUCCAUUUCGACUUUCUUUCGUCUGGCUUCGUUGACGUAAGUUUACAAUCGUCCAUAUGCUCAUUGAUGGAUAGUAUGCUGACAAUCAUGAUGCUGUGCAGAUCCUCACUUUGA